AUGCCUGAUCAGUCAAAGAAGGCUAAUCAGCUAAAGAAGAAUGGGGCUGGCAAUAAAGGAGAAGCCUCUCAGCCGGCGAAUGGGAAGCCAUAUGGAUCUAGUGGAAAUUCAUCUACGCAGACCACAUCAGGUGGAGGAGGCAAUGCUCAGGCAGCAUCAAGCCAACCAGAAUCGCCUGCAAUGGAACGUUAUAAAAAUCAGAAGCGCAAGGACGAGCCUCCCGUUUUAAUUGCAUUACCUGAUCACGAGCCAAGACUUUGCCCGGAAGAAGUAUCUAAAGACUUUGAUGAAAAGCUCAACGAGCCUGAAGGGGAGAAUCAGCCUGGCAGCAAAGGUAAAGGGGAGGGAAAGGGCCAAGGCAAAAACAUCCAGAAAUGAUAGACACAGCGAUCACAAACCAGGCGAAAAAGCUCGAUGAAGCCAGGUUGGAGAACACGAUCAACUGGAGUCCGGGGCUUUUGGUAGUGACGAUUAGCGUUUCAUGGUGUCAUAUUUUACUCUGGGUCAAAUGUUAGAGGAGGAUGGAGACGUUUGAGAGAGAGAUUGAAUGUUG